UUUGCAAACCUAAUUAUUGAAGUGUGUUAACCCAACCCCUGACGCCUUAAGGGCUUUUUACUUUCUCACCCUUGCAUCGCAUUCUCAUUCUCACUCUUCAACAAAUCCAUAUAAAGAUUAGAGAGUAGUCAUCUUUGCACUUUACUGGGAUCUGGGUCUCCUUUUAUUUCUCUCCGAAAGGCAAAGUAGACAUUGUCUUCCAUUCACAUCAAAAUAAGUACUACUAACUUCUUUUAUUUUUUUAAUAUAAUAGGCUUUGUGAUUUGUGAAGCUGUUAGUGUUCUCAAUCAUUGCGUUUUACAGACAAAUUCAUCCUCCAUGACCUGAUCCUUUACUUGUGCAGUUGUGCUAUUCGAAAAUACUCUCUCUCUCUCUCUCUCUCUCUCACACACACACACACACACACACACACACAUUGCUUCACAGUAUUACACUUGAGUCAUGCUAAAAUGGCACCAUGAGUUUUGCUCUUGAGAACACUGCUGCAAGUUAAGUUUUGAGAGUCAAAGUUUGUAUUUUUGCAAUGAGGGCGUGGAGGGUUCAUCCACCACAUGGCGUUUUGAAGUGGGUUUUAGUUUGGAUGAGUUUUUGUUUCAUUGUAUUCAAAGUUGGACCACCCUCCCAAUGGCGGUUGAAAGAUGCCACAACUGUUCAUUCUCCAUGUCCUCCAUGUGAAGAAUGCUUUUGCUCUCUGCCUGAGUAUCCCUUCAAUCCUUCGGACUGCGGUAAACAUGAUCCAGCUAUGAGCGAAGAAAUGCAUAAGGAUCCAGUGACCAUGCUCUCUGAGGAGAUAAAUUUGCAGAAAAUUGUAGCCAAUGAGAGCAUGGAACAUGCUAGAAGAUUAGUAAUGGAUGCAAGGAAAAGCAUAUCACAUUACCAAGAGGAAGCAGUAAAGUGCAACUUGGCGGUGGAAACUUGUGAAGAAGCAAGAGAGAGGGCAGAGACACAGCUCAUUCAAGAACGCAGGCUAACAGCUUUAUGGGAAAACAGAGCUCGUGAAUAUGGAUGGAAGGACACAACACGCUAAUGAACUUUUGCUAUCAUCACUAUUCAUUACUUAGCAAUUUAAUAUAUUAUGCUUAAGCUUCUUUUAUAAUAGUUUCUAAGUAGUAAACACUCAAAUUGCUCUCUAUAUAAAUUCCAUGUUACA